AUGGCCGAGGUCAUCAGAGACGAGGAGGUGCGUAGGCGCGUGCGUCUUGCGCAAGAGUUCCUCGACCCAGAUGAUGUCUCCAGACGAAGCUACCGCGCAGACAUUCUGGUGAUGCUCAACCGAGGACUGCGAAGACUCACAGUCAGCAUAGACGAAAUCCGUUCACAUAACCGCGAACUCGCCGACGGCCUCCUCAACUCGCCCUUCGAAUUCACAGAAGCCUUCGACCGCGCCCUCAAAGACGUCGUCCGCACAUUCACCGACCGACCCAAGUCCGAGACAAGCGACGAUGUGGUAUACUACUGCGCGUAUAUCGGCAGCUUCGGCGAGUACUCGUGCAACCCGCGCACCCUGGGCUCAAACCAGCUGAACCACAUGGUGUCGCUCGAGGGAAUCGUCACCAAGACGUCUCUUGUGCGGCCCAAGGUGGUCAAGAGCGUGCACUACAACGAGAACAAGCAAAGGUUCCAUUCGCGAGAGUACAGAGACCAGACCAUGACCACCGGCGCUGCGAGUACGAGCGUCUACCCGACCGACGAUGGCGAGGGCAACCCACUCGUCACCGAGUACGGCUACUGCAUCUACCGCGACCACCAGACCAUUUCCAUCCAAGAAAUGCCUGAGCGUGCCCCUGCUGGUCAGCUGCCGCGCUCCGUCGAUGUCAUCUUGGACGAUGACUUGGUAGAUCGUGUGAAGCCGGGUGAUCGCAUACAGAUGGUCGGCAUAUACCGCUCACUCGGUAAUCGCAACGCUGGUGCCGGGAGCUCGACUUUCCGCACCCUGAUCCUAGCGAACAACGUUAUCCUCCUCUCUUCCAAGUCCGGCGGUGGCAUCGCCCAGGUUUCUAUCACCGAUACCGAUAUCCGCAACAUCAACAAGAUAUCCAAGAACAGGCGCGUCUUCGAACUCCUAUCGCAAUCACUAGCUCCAUCGAUCUACGGACAUGACUAUAUCAAGAAGGCGAUUCUGCUGCUGCUCCUGGGAGGACAAGAGAAGAACCUCGAGAACGGCACUCAUCUGAGAGGAGACGUCAAUAUUCUCAUGGUCGGUGAUCCCUCAACUGCCAAGUCGCAACUGUUGCGUUUCGUUCUGAAUACCGCCCCGCUUGCCAUUGCUACAACGGGUCGCGGUUCGUCUGGUGUCGGUCUCACGGCAGCUGUCACAUCGGACAAGGAGACGGGCGAGCGGCGUCUCGAGGCUGGUGCCAUGGUUCUCGCUGACCGUGGUGUCGUCUGUAUUGAUGAAUUUGACAAAAUGUCCGAUGUCGACCGUGUAGCUAUCCACGAAGUCAUGGAGCAACAGACCGUUACCAUCGCCAAAGCCGGCAUCCACACAUCGCUCAAUGCUCGUUGCAGUGUCAUCGCAGCUGCCAACCCCAUCUUCGGUCAGUACGAUAUCCACAAGGAUCCACAUCGCAACAUUGCUCUUCCCGAUUCUCUGUUAUCGCGUUUCGAUUUGCUGUUCGUUGUAACAGACGACAUCGAAGAUGCACGCGACCGUCAAAUCUCUGAGCAUGUCCUACGCAUGCACCGUUACCGCCAGCCUGGUACUGAGGAGGGUGCACCGGUCCGCGAGGAGGGCUCUCAGCUGCUUGGUGUUGGUCUUGAGACCGACGCUGAUGCAAAUCGUCCGACGGAAGUCUACGAGAAAUUCAACCCCAUGUUACAUUCUGGCGUUACAAUCACCGUCGGACGUGGCGCAAACCGAAGGACCGAAGUCCUCAGCAUACCCUUCAUCAAGAAAUACAUUCAAUAUGCUAAGCGCGAGAAGCCAAUCCUUACGAAAGGCGCUGCGGAUCAUAUUGUGGCAACAUACUCUGCACUACGAAACGACGAGCUAGACGCCGGUACCCGCCGUACUUCCCCCAUCACCGCACGUACUCUCGAAACACUCAUUCGUCUUUCCACCGCCCAUGCAAAGGCACGUUUGUCGAAGCGGGUAGAGCAGAAAGAUGCAGACGUCGCAGAGCAGAUCCUCCGUUUUGCCUUGUUCAAGGAGGUCGUCGAGGACGACCGCCGCAAGCGAAGACGAACAGUUCGCGACCCAGACGCUAUGUCUACAGACGGAGAAUCUUCCGGCGGCGACGACGAAGACGGUGAUGAGCAAGAAGCCACACAGUCUCGCCGCACCGGUGGGCCAUCGACCCGCAGCCAGCGUACAGAGACCACGCGCACUCCUGCAGCCGAGGAGGAAGAAGACAACGAGGACCUUUACAAUGUCACACCGAGGACCCAACGCACGACUGACCGUACACAGUCCUCUCGCGCCGGUCAAUCGUCGCAGGUCAGCGCUGCUUCUUCACAACCCGAGUCGCAACUACCCGCCACACAAACCGAAUCGCAGGAAUCGCAAGGCAUUACACCAGCACGUCUGCAGGUGUUCCAAACAGCGCUUGGUCAGCUCAUCGACGGUCCGCUAUUUGCAAACGAUGCUGCAGAUGUCGAGCCGCUGGUUGCUGCUGUAAACGCAAGACUCGGUGGUGGUAAUGGACGCGAAGCGUUUGACGAAGAUGAGGCUGAGAAGGCACUUGAAGCUCUUAGCGAGAGGAACAAGAUCAUGUACUCUGGAGGUAUUGUGUAUAAGAUUUAG